ACUAAUCGAUGCUCGACGAUGAUCGACUUAUCAUCGUCGCCGUCCAGUCGUAUGGUCGUAUCAGUCGUAUUUAAUCGUAUAUUUUGUACACAUUACAUGUUUCUUGUGAAUCCAAUUAUACUAAAAGUUAUUUUAGUGUCACUUACUGCGUUAUUAAAAAUUAAUACCUGAAUCGCUGUUGAAGAGUAGUGAAAUGAAGUGUUAUGACAUGGAAUUAAUUCAAUAAUCUCAACUAAUAUUGUUUUUCCACACUUAUACUUAAUCAGGAAUAUAACAUAAUAAUUUGGUGAUAAACUUCAACAAAGUUCCUGUCAACAUGAGGAGCAGCUCAGACGAAAAUGAUCAUGAAAGCUUUAACAAAAAGAGGAAGCAUUCUGAUUUAAAUGACAGUGAUUGUAAUAUUGAAUUUCACUCUUCAUCUUCUGAGCAUGAUUCAGCUGAUGAAGGGAGCAGUCAGAGUAAAACAAACGGUUUGAUGAUGGACAAUGAAUUGAAUUGUAAGGACACAAUGGGCGAAUCUACAAGAAUCAGAGAUGAAACUAUAUAUGAGCCAAGUAGCCAGUAUAAAAAGCUAAAAACUGGGAGGGAAGAUGGUAGUAAUGAUGGGAAAAUUCAUGAAGCAACGAACAAACAGGAGCCGACAAGUGACAACAAUAAGGUGCAGCGAAUGAUGCGAAAAAUGGGAUACGAAGAAGGUCAUGGUCUUGGAAAGAAUAAGCAAGGUCGUUUAGAACCGGUGCAAGCGUCUAAACAACACGGCCGUAGAGGUCUUGGGCAUCAUAUUCCAGGGCUUGAAGAUUCGAGUCUGAAAUGGGUUCCAGAGGAAGAGGAGAUAAAAGUUGUGGAAGACAUGACAUGGAUUAGAAAUACGAAUAAACAUGGUCUGACGCUAGAUGAGAUGCAACAUUGGUUACAGAGAGGACCAAAGAAAUUGACUAUAGAUGACGAGUUUAACUUCUGUUCUGAAGAUAUAGUUCGAAAUGUUGUUAGGGCGAAAACCGUAUUUGAUAAUUUGGAUGGCGUUGAAUUACGGCGCGCCAGGACACGGUGCAAUCCUUAUGAGACGAUUCGCGGCGCAUUUUUUCUGAACCGCGCUGCCGUCAAGAUGGCAAAUAUGGACAGGGCGUGUAACUUUAUGUUCACUAAACCCGCCGGGCGUGAAUCAACCAAGCAUCAUCCUGCCGGGCUUCAACCCGAAAACAAUGAAUUGUUAUACUUCGCGGAUGUGUGUGCUGGGCCAGGUGGUUUCAGCGAGUACGUUUUAUGGAGGAAAAAGUGGCGCGCGAAAGGAUUUGGCUUUACUUUGAAGAACGAAAACGACUUUAAAUUGGCAGACUUUUAUGCGGGCCCUUGUGAAACAUUUCACCCGUAUUAUGGACCGAAGGAUGAUGGUGAUGUUUAUGAUCCUAGUAAUCAAGAGGCUUUUAGAAAUCUUAUAAUGACACAUACUCGUGGCAAAGGAGUACAUUUCAUGAUGUCCGAUGGAGGAUUUUCAGUAGAAGGCCAAGAAAAUAUACAAGAAAUUCUUUCUAAACAAUUGUACCUCUGCCAAUGCUUAGUAGCACUGAUGAUCGUAAGGGAGAAAGGACAUUUCGUCACGAAAUUGUUCGAUGUUUUUACGCCGUUCAGUGCGGGUUUAGUUUAUUUAAUGUACCGCUGCUUCGAGGAGGUUUGCAUUUUCAAACCAAAUUCUUCUAGACCAGCGAAUUCGGAACGUUACCUAAUAUGCAAAUACAAACGGCCUGGCACGGAAGCUGUUGUACGACAUCUUGUACAAGUAAAUGAAAUACUUCUUAAAGGCGAUGCAAAUGAUGACGUUGUGCAGCUAGUGUCAAUGGAUGAGUUGGAAAGGGAGCAACAAUUCCUACAAUAUUUACGUGAGUCCAACGAGGUUUUAGGAAGGAAACAAGUAAUAGGAUUGUGUAAAAUCGCCGCUUUCUAUGAGGAUAGUACUCUUGUUGAAGUGAAACAGGCCGAAAUGCGCACGGAAUGUUUAAAAUAUUGGGACAUACCUGAUGAAAGCAGAACAGUGCCCAGGAAAAUGAAGCCUAAGGAGAAAUUGAAUCAACUUCUUAAAAGUACUACUUUCCUUUGUAGUACUGCGAAGAAAUUAACCAAGGAUAAUAUUGAGAGCACAAUAUUAACGCCAUAUGAUUGGUUUUGCAUGCCAUGUGGUACUGGCCCUACUUACGACGACAAGAACGCUACAUUUUAUAUGGGCUUGGGCCGAAGGAACGUCUAUCGAUACGUUAAAAAUAAUUGGGAACUGGUCGACGACAUAACUAUUGACUUACCACCGGAUACCCUUUUGUACGCUGAAGUUCUAUAUGAAAUGAAAAAAGAAUUUAAGCACAUGCAGAAAGUACUUGCAUUGCAUAUUUUAGAUGCGUAUUUCUUGGGAGGAGAAAAUAUUAGUCAAAAAUACUUGAGAGAAAGGCACGAACUUACAAAGCAGUUAUGUGAAGCGUUAUGGAAACCAAUGGGGAACAUUUGCACUCGAAUACGUGUAAAGGAAUUAUUCCGGAUGGAUUCGCACAUAUGUAGGAAGUUACAAGUAACGGAACGUAGAAUGAACAGUAGGAUUGCUUUGACACAUGAUAUUCCACAAACAUUUUUAGAUUGUGACAGUUCUGAGAAUGAUAAACUAUACUUUAUACCAAAUAGCGUAAUUUUUCUAAAAAGUACCGCAGGCACUUGGAACCGAUACUUAAGUACAAAGCAUCCUAUGUCAUAUGUUUUCAACUCGAAAACCGGGGAAACGAAAUGCGAUGAACAACGACCUACUGAAGCAGAGGCGGGUUUCGAAGAAUCGUUCGAUAAGCGUAUUAUUUGGUAUUGGCCUAACGACGAAUCGCUUACUGUUGAACUAUUUGCAAAAUUCAUUAAAAAAAAGUGUCGUGAAAUUAAUUUUACCUUACAGUACUGAACGAAUUGUAUAGUUCACCGAAGUGAAUUUCAUAGAAAUGAUUAAAAUUUUUAAAUACUAUUCACUUCUGAUCGUGUAUAAUUUUUUAGAGAUACAAAUAUAUGUGUAUACAAAUUGUAAAUAUAUAUAGUACAGUACAUGUGUAAAGAAACAAUAUAUUCAUAUACUGCACGGGAUUGUAAUAAAAUGAAUGUUAAUCAUUAACUAUUUGUAUGGGAUUGCGAUAGAAUGAAUAUUGUUAAUAAUGAAAACAUAUGUUUAAUCGAUACAAUUUGUCUUUUGUAAGAACAAUUAGGUAUUUAUUCGUAGCUACUGUUCCCAUGAUGGGACAAGUCUCCGUACCUAAAUCUACGAUCCAUUGUUUUCCAACUUGCACGUUCGGUUCAGGUCUUUUGUAAAGAAAUAUGUAUCUCGUAUGUUCAAGUAUAGCUACGUAUGAGCCAUCUAAAAUAAUGUAGCAGUUUAAAAGACUGUACCUGAGAUAAAGCUUACAUUUGUUCUUGAAUUAAAUACUCACCAGCUGGAGAAACACAGAA